CUAUUAUUGCGCACUAUUCCUGAUAGACGGAAGAAAAUCGAAAGUGGAAGGUUUUGAGGAAUAAUUCGUGUAUUUGGGGCUGGAUUAGGCCGAAAGAAAGACAGGAUGAAUUUAUCUAUCGUAUGUGUCGCGCUGUUAAUGCUUGCAGUUCAUCAGACAGCUGCCCAGAACUUGGUGAUUAUGCCAACUGGGUCUGUCCUGAAACCAAUAGGUGGCUCCACUACUUUUACGUGUACGGCUACUUCCGUUGCCCUUGACCACGAUCCCCAGCUGAGAUGGUUUAACGUGGAUGGUCAAGAAAUUCGACAUACUGGGGGAGGAUACAGAAAAACAAUCGCGAGAGACUCGAAGGAAAAACUUAAAUUGGUGAUCAUUAACAUCGAACAAGAGGACCAAGGAGAAUAUAGAUGUACAGGAAAUGUAGCAGGAAGGGAUCAAGAGAUGAACGUCGUGCUCAACUUGAAACAGGAUAUUAAGUUUGUUGAUGCCCCAACUCCACAAAACCCUGAACAGUACACCAAUGCCCUGAUAAAGUGUGUUGCGAGUGGUUCUCCAAAUCCUGAGAUUUCCUGGUACUUCAAGGGCAACCUAAUAAAUACAGGAGGUCGAUAUCGCCAGGAAAAUGAUGGAAUGAGGAUUCUGAAUAUAACAAAAGCUGACAAUGGAGUGUAUACCUGCCAGGCUGAAGUGGCACAGCAUGGUGACUUGAAGAGACAGGAUAUAGACGUCAGGGUGUCUAUCAAGCCUGUAAUAACUUCUGGACCCGGUGUACUGAAACGUUAUGAGGGGCAGAUGGCGGAGAUUGGUUGCCUAGCUACGGCAACACCCUCUGCAAAAUACGAGUUUUUCAAAGAUGAGAGUCAGAAUGCAAUUACGACUUCCCCAGAUUUCGAUGUUGAUGAGGUGAAAGGGACAUUGGUCAUAAAACGAACAAACCAUCGCCGUGACAAUGGAUCAUAUACAUGCCGUGCCUGGAACAAAAUUGGAGAAGACUUUCAAACUGGAUCAUUGGCUGUGAUAGUUCUGCCAAAGUAUACCAGAUUUAACAAUAUCACAGCGAAUAUAGGACUUGGGGCAAGCUUGGAGUGUAUCGUAGAUGCGUACCCUAGACCUGAAAUGAAGUUCAGAAAGGUCGGGAAUGAGGACUAUUACACUGAUGAUCCCACUCAAAGAAUCUACGUCGAGAGAAACCCGCAGAAUUCUCUGACACUGAAAUUUAAAGAUGUCCGCCCAUCAGAUACAGGAAACUAUACUUGCGAGGCCAACAAUGACCCUGCCAAUAUUAAAUUCAAGAAUGGAACAUUGAGAGUUUUAUUCCCGCCAAACUUUGAUGACCAGCCUUACAACGAAUUCUACGUCUUUCAAGGCCGACAGCGAAACUUGACGUGCAUUGUGAAUGCAGGACCGAGGCCCAAUAUUGCAUUCUACAAACAAAGUAUAGAUAAAGAUGGCCAAGUAGGACCCAUGCAACAGAUUGUGUCAAAUGAAACAUUCCGUAUAUAUGAGCUGCCAAUUCUGCGAGAAGUCCAGCAGUAUGAGUUUAGAAUGCAGAUAAGGGUUACUCCCGAAAAUAGAUGGUGGUUGUUUAAAGGCUUGUACUCAUGUAACGCAACAAACCCACAUGGCAGCAAGGGUCACAUUAUUAACAUCAAAGAAGCCACUAUCCCAGGACCACCCAGGACCGUUAGCACACUCUCAGUGCGAACCACCACUGUUGAACUAGAGGUGACUGAACCAGAAAACAAUGGGGGAAUGAUCAUUUUGGGAUAUACAGUUGAAUAUGGAGAGGCUGUUAACAAGCAAUCAUUUGAUAAAGGAGAUAGAAUUUUAAUUGAAGACUUGACGCCAUCUCAGUCCUACCAGUUCCGUGUCAGAGCUCGAAACGAUGUUGGCGAAGGCGAAGUGAAAAUAUUGCCAGUCACCACACAAGCAAUCCAGCGCCCUUACCCCCUCAAAAUAACAUCGAAAAAAUUUGGACGCCAUGCAUACAAAUACCAUAUGACCUGGGCACGACCCGAUGAUGGUGGAAGAGAAAUCAAGACAUUCUCUAUCAAGUACAAGAGGGUUGAAGUUGCUAAUGAUAACCGAACAGUUCUAAAAUCGCUAGAAAAUGCCAGGACCAGUUCCUAUGUUAAUGAUGGAGGGUCUGAUAACCCACGUAGGUUUGCAGAUGUUGAGAAUCUUUACCCAAUGGCUUGGUAUGAAGCUGAUGUAAGCGCUACUAACUCGGAAGGUGAAUCUGUACCAACGAAACAUCUAUUUAGGACGGCUGAAGGGGACAAUGUGGGAGGAGUUAUAGGGGAGUCAACAAGCCUGAAAGUGAGCAUCAGUGUUCUCCUGGCAGCAGCAUUACUGGCCCUAUUGUGAGACUAUUUUAUGCACCAGUGUCAUCCUAGCAACAUCAUUCUGAAAACUAUCCCUAUUGUGAGACUAUUGUGGGGACAAUGGGGCGGUUUCCAUGGGAAGCUGGGAAUACCUUCUCUAUACAUCCAUAGAAACAACUAAAUGUAACAAACCUGGCGAAGUUUGUUCUCAAACAACGCAGAAUCAAUGUUAAAUUUGCUCUCUGGAGCGAGCAGCAACUAUGAAUGAUAGGAAAUGCAAAGAAUUAGGAUCUCAUUCCAUAAACUAACAAUGAACUCAGCCAGGAAACCUGUGGAACUGUGCAAUCAACAAAUCAAAGGACCUGCUGUCGGCACCUAGCACCCCUUAAAUUCAAGAUAUGUUACAGUGGACUGCUCUACCUGCAUGAUAUAAGGGGUGGUAGCUUUUAUUGUUACCCUCUAUUUCCUCAUAAAUAUAUAUGUUCUUAUGAUAUCCUGCAUGAUGUAAAAGGUGGUAGGGUCCUAAUUCUGCCACCUAACAACCCCAAGAAAUCUUAUAAUCUGUAAGGUGACAGAUAAAAUAAUGGUUUCUUAUUCUCAUCUGCAUGAAAUAGGGAUUGGAAAGGCCUACAUUACAUUAUAAAGAGGGGAUGUUACAGGGAUUUUUGAUGUCAUUCAUGUACCUUCAUAGGAAUAGGGUAAGGGGGUUAUAUGAUGUGAAAUAAACAUUUAAUUAUAUGUUCCAAUAGAAUAAUCCAAUUUUACUAUCAGGUGAUGUAACACCCCUCUUGUCACAAUAUAUGAUCAAAUGAACUAGCUAACCAGCCUAUAAUAGGGGUUGUAGAUGUCACAUUUCUGCAUGUAUAUUGUAGAGUGCCAAGUAUCAGUGUUGCUCAAAUUCCUGUCAAAUUUUCAAUUAGUACAGUAUUUUCAUUGUUGAUGCUUAAUAGCAUUGUUUUCAUAAUACUUGUGAACAAUAAAUGCUUCUUUCCAUGUUUUGCCAUAUUGAUUAGAAAACACAAAAACACAGUGUUUAUUUCACUGUAUCUAAGUUUACACUCUCCCUUCAUUAACAAUGGCAACUGGAAGUUUUCAUGUAACAGCUCCAUUUAUAGUGAUACCAACUAUGAUUGAUUGUCUCCUGUACAGGGAGAUGAAAACCUAGAAAAUGUCAUGAACUCCAAUGGUGAAAACUUUGAGUCUAACAGAGAAGACUCUGAACCAUAGAGAUAAUAGUGUUAAGUUUAUUUUGUUCUUUUACCCAACUUUGUAAACGUAUGACAAAUUUGAUGGAUUUUCUUUUAUAAUCACCAAACAUAAAUAGACCUUAACUCACAAUCCAUAAUUUGACUUUUGGUUGCCAAACUUAUGGAGAGAGGUGUAAUCAUAUGAAAAUAUAUCUAGUUGGGAAUGUAUAUAAUUUAAUGUACAUGUAUAUUGAGCAUCAACACAAGAUUGACCAUAUUCCCCGCCUCAUUAUGUUAUCAUUAUUAGUAGGACAAUCUAUAUCUCAGCCUCAAUAGCUAAUCAUUUAUAACAGAAAAUGGAGUACAUUACUUCAUGUUCGCAACAUCAGCAGGUCCUUAUUGUGUAAAUAUUUAAUUUGUGAAAGUAUGAUCCAUAUAUGCCAAACAUUUUACCUCAGGCUUGCUGUAGAAUCAAAAAAUAGAAUCUGUGAAGUAAAAUAAACUUGUGAUAAGGAAAAUUAAAGGUACAACAUUCCCUUUCUGUAUCAUUAUUACACCAUCUCAUACAAUCCUGCUUUAACUGUUGGUUUUUACAGUACUGCUGUUCUGACAGCCCUACACAGCGCUGUUUAGGUAAUGACGAUCAAACAGUACUGUUAAGCACUGUUAAAGCAGUACUGUUUGAUAAGCAGUGCUGUACAGUGCUGUUUUAGAUUGGCAGUUUAGUUCUGUACAUGUAUUGAUAAAUUGUUGUAUGCUUAAGUAUUGUCACUGAUGCUAUUUUACUUGCAUCAUUUAUUUUCACAUACAUUUAAUUUUCCUUGUCACAAUUUCAUUCCUAUUAGAAAUCAAUAAUAUUAAACUCCAAUAUUAGGUAACUGUUUGUAUAAGUAUAACACAUACUUCCAAUAUUGGAGAUUUAAAUUUGAUUUUAAUAUUUUAUGCACAAAUGUAUGUCAAGAUUUUAGCCAAUUUUUAGAUUUGAAUUCUUGUUAUCUUAAAUCAAGUCAGGUUAACUUGUUCCCAAAAUCAAUGUAUUUGGGUAUUUUAGCAAUUCAUAAAGUAUUAUUAUUGAGUUUUUUACAAAAAGCUAUCCUCAAUCCUUUGUAAAUAUAUCUGUCAUUUAAACUUAGAUCAAGAUUUAAAUUAAGGUUUUUGUUGAAAAUGCUUACAAAUUAAGGUAUGACUCUAAGACAUGAAAGUGUAUAGUGAUGUAGCUUAUGUAUAUGGCAAUGUUUGCUGCCAAUAAUGCCCUCUCUAAGUAGGGUGGUUUUAGAAACCUAAGUAUUAUCAAUUCGUUGCAUGAUGUUAACAUGGUGGAUAGGUCUACAGUAUUGUUCCAAACAGGAUAAACACCGCUUUGUAUAAAGUGGUAAGUUUUAGAUGAUAAAGUACUGAACAUUUCCAAUAAUAUCAACUCUGAACCUAAUACCAGUUGACAUUGUGAACUUAUAUCAACAAAGUGCAUAAUAAUAUAAUGAAAUAUUUCAUGAAUUUGUAAAUUCUGCAAGGUGUGUAUAUUUGGGUGCAUAGAUAUUUCAUGUAUGAUAGAAGCCAAUAAAGUAGCUAUGGUUGUAUCACUUGUUGGCCUGCUGUAGAUAUUAACGAGGGAAAAUGUCGUGCCAUUUAUAUGUGCAAGUUAUGUAACAGACAGUUAUUGAUAUGAUAUUGAUGUAUGUGAACUAUAUACUAAAUCUUGAAUUGAUAAGAUACAUUUUGAUCCUUUUAGAUGAAUGUCUUUAAAUAGUACUUUAACUUGCCAUGGUACAAGCAAUUCAAAUUUGUAUAGUUUAGUUUAUUUAGUUCUUGUAAAGUUGUUUUAGAAUUUUUUGUAGAUUUUUGCACUCAAUUGUAUAUACACAGUUUGAAUGAUACAUCAGUUGACAAUGGGUUCUUUCCUUCGAAGUUGUUACGUGUGACAUCGCAAGAUAAUAUGCAAAUGGUUUUGUUUUAAAGUGUAUAUUUAGUUACUUAAUUUUAUACUUACGAUGAAUAUAAUAUAUUAAAUUAUUAUAAUAUGAAUGUAAUCCAUAUGUAUUCUGUAAAAAUGAUGUCUCAGUAAAUGUAGUAGCUUGUACAAAAGUAGAUAAUGUCAUAUAAGAAACAGCAUUGGGGCAAGGUUGAGAUAACAUCUUUCUCUCAAUAGAAACCAUUCUUUCGGUGUUAUGUUAUGUAUAUAUAAUAUACAUUUAAUAAAGUUCAGCUUUUUAGUGAUUAAUGAUAAAUUACAUUAUCUUAAUCAUCCUGUAUAUAUUAAAAUUGAGAUCAAACAACAUCAUAAUUUGUUUAGAAAUGAGAGAAUUAGACAUGUUUCAGAUGAAACAUAUUUCUUCCCUAAACAGAAAUUAUUUGUUUUAUGUGUCUAAUUUUUUUUUCUUUAUGUGUCUAAUGAAACAUAUCAUUGAUGAGCAAUUCAUAUGAAAGAGACACACUUGUUUUCCUCCCCAAACAUAAGUUAUAUUUUUAUUUGUCAUUGCCCCUAUGAUUUUUCUGUAUGAUAAUAGUUUGUACAAAAGGUGUUGUCAUUUAUAUGAAAAUAAUCACAAGAAUUGUGAUCAGACGAAUCACCAUUAUAUCAUUAUUAUACAUAUAGUGAUAGAUGCAGGAAUUAGAUUCAGGGGUCAAUGUCAAGUUGCAAUCUAAUUUAUUAUUCAUACUAUAAUAAAGAAUGGGUUAAAAUGUGUUAUGGGAUCCACAGCAUAUUCAAGUGGUGAACUAACGCAAUGAAGGGAAGAACUAAUUUGUGACUGCUUUGGAUUUACACCUCAAUGAACGCAAUGAACCAUGUGGUAUGUGUUACUUCAUAAUUGGGUAUGAAUCCUAAAAUAUAACUGCACAUACUGACCACCUACAAUUUAGUGAUCAUUUUAAACAUUGACACAUAUUUUAAUCUGUAUAUUUAGCAAUGAAUCGAUGUAAGUAAAUCUGCUUGAAACACUCUUAAUUACAAAGUGUGGUUUGUAAAAUGCAUUUUAAGGGAUUAACUCCAUUUUAUUGCACAUCAAACACAAUUGUUUCCUAAUUAGAGAUACUCUUUAAGGUAAUACAUGUGAAAUUUUAAUUUUGACGAAGAAUUUUUUGAUAUCUGAACACUACAAUGACCAUUUCAGAAGAUAACUAAUUACUAAUUUUAGAUUUUAGUUGAGAGAAUAAUUGUAUGAAUCUAGUCAUGUGGUAUAUUCUGUAAUAAAAUGUGGAGAAUAAAUGUGUAAAUAUUAUUCGUAGCAUUUCCACAUUUGUAUCUGUAUCACUUAGUAUUUGAGGACUUGCACCAAGUGUUCAUACACCAUACACCAAUAUUACCAAUUAAUUAUUAUUCAAUGUCAAAUAAAAUGUAAGCUUUAGUGGAAUAAACAGCUGAAACUUGUGUAAGAUAU